GGUAGAAAGGAAGACAGAGCUGGGUUUGCGACGGCUGCCCUCGCUUUACGGGCAGCCGGUGCUACCUUAACUGCUGGCUGGGGGGGAGGGAGGGAAGGGGAAGGCUUGGCGCGAGCCAAAACGGAGGCGCGUCCCGGGGGGUGAAGCCCGAGGCAGGUAAGAGGGAGGGAGCAGCCGAUUUAAGUCGGUCCUGCGGAGGGUCAGUCGUUCGUAUGGAAUGGGAGGUGGGAUGAGGCAGCUUGUUCCCAUAACCCCGCCCCCGGCGGUCGGUCUCUUCUGAAAUCUGGAAAGGAAAGCCAGGCCGUGACUCCGAGGGUCUCCAGGGUCCCGCGGUCUGUCACCCGAGACAGCAUCAGUGCUGGGAGAGGGCCCCAAACCCUGAGGAAGGGGAAGGGCAAGCGCUCCUUGAGCCAAGGACCCUCCACACACGCACACACACGUGCCGCUCCACAUGAGUGGGCAAAGGACCCUGAGCCGAGAGCUCUUGGCGUUUGUUUCCAGUUGGUCUCUGUGCAGAAUGGACCCUGUUGUUUUGAGUUACAUGGACAGUUUACUACGGGAAUCAGAUGUCUCACUAUUGGAUCCUCCCAGCUGGCUUAAUGAUCAUAUUAUUGGAUUUGCUUUUGAGUACUUUGCUAGUGACCAGUUCCAUGACUGCUCAGACCAAGUGUGUUUCAUCAGCCCAGAAGUUACUCAAUUCAUCAAGUGUACCACCAAUCCAGAGGAGAUCACCCUAUUCCUUCAGCCUCUUGACUUGUCCCACAAGAGAGUUAUAUUCUUACCCAUCAAUAAUAACUCCAAUCAAGCAGCUGGGGGAACUCAUUGGAGUUUGUUGGUUUAUCUUCAAGACAAAAAUAGAUUUUCCCAUUAUGAUUCACAUAGCAGGAGCAACUCUGUCCAUGCAAGACAGGUAGCAGGGAAAAUGGAGGCCUUUUUGGGAAAAAGAGGGGACAAAGUGGCAUUUGUGGAAGAGAAAGCCCCUGCUCAACAAAACAGCUAUGACUGUGGAAUGUAUGUAAUCUGUAACACAGAGGCCUUGUGUCAGAGCUUUUUUAAAGGACAGCCAGAACCACGGCUGCAGCAUAUCACACCUAUGUAUAUCACAAGGAAGAGGGCAGAGUGGAAAGAUCUCAUCUCCAAACUUGCAAGAAAAUGAUUUGUUCUGAAUAAUUAUCUUCAUCUUUUCUUGAAUUUCAACAUUUUCUCAUUUUUCUUUCUAUUCUCUAAAUCUCUGAUUCUGCACGCAAGGUAGAGGAAAAUGCUCAAUGUCAAGGCUGUAUGUACCCUCCUUUAAAAAAUAUAUUUAAUUCUCAGGCAUUGUCACAAUGAAAGGCCAUACUUUAACCAUAACUUCAGGAUAAUGUAGCCUAUGAAACUACAUGUACCAAUACCUCCAAAUCAGUCACUUUCAAACUUUGGUUAGUAGUCUUUGCACCAAAACUUUUAUUUUGCAAUUAAUUACAUUUAACCAUCCAUCUGAUAUUGAAAUACAUUAGUUGUAUGUAUAAUUGGUCUAUGCCAAAUUAAAAAAAAACUUUUUCACAAUCUAGAAAAAUUAAGAGCUAUGAUAAUGAGGAAGCAUUCACUAAAAUAGCAGAAAUGGAACAUCACACACUCAAAAAAUCACAGUCCCUUAUAACCCCCCUACAUACAGAAUGACCAAGGAAAUGGAAGCUGAUAACGAUAAAACCUUAGUCAAGCUCUAAAAUAACAGGAUCAGUUUUAUUUGGGGUUGUUUAUUUCUAAAUAUUUGCUAUUCACCACAAGAAAUCUUUCCCUGCAAAUCAUUGAGAAAGAUGAAAUUUAUUCACUGACCCAUUCUGUCUAAUUCCUAAAGUGCAAGAAAAAAAAAAGAAAUAUUGAAUAAUUUUGUACUAAACAGAUUACUCUGGUUUGCUUCGAUUUCAUAUAUAUUGGCAUUGUAGAGGCUGGCUGCCACUGUGUAACGUCAGAAGUUUUCCCUAGCCUCAACUUUUGUUACUAUUCACACAAUCCCCUAAUUGAAACUACAAUUAUAAAGCUCAUUGUUAAUAAUUCAUCUUUUUUAAUAAUUCAUUUAAAUAUUAUAAAGAUUAAACAACUACAUGCAAAAUUCUAUUUGGCACCAUCUUGGUUUGUUGUAAAGAAAUAUUUUUGUCCUCUUUGUGAUAAUGAUAUAUUCCCCUUUUUCCUCUCCUCCCUCUCCCUAUUCUGGGAGAAGAGAUUUGAUUCAUUCUGAUUUUGCUAUUGUAUUUAUAUCAAAAGCUUAUACUGUUUUUUAGAAUGUUUAAAAAAAAAAAAAAAAAAAGACAAAAUCACCACCUUAAACCAUUCCCUUAGCUCAAAAUGUAAACAAUAUCUGGAACGAAGAAUAAAGAGAAAUGCCUCUCCACCCCAGUCACUGGUGUGUGGUGGUGUUUUCCAGAAUGUUUUCAAA